AUGAUCUUGGCGGGUCUGGUCGGACCUUCCAGUGCCAUAGCGAUGAUUCCACGGACCAUUAACCAGACCAUGUUCAACGUCCACUACUUCUCAGAUCUGCCACUCACUUAUCCCAUGUCCAUUGGUCAUGAUCACCAGCCACUCAAUGACUCGGCUACGAUAGACAACCAAAUCUUUCAACUCCUUACCAAUAGCGAGGCUUCUUCCUCGUCAAAAGAUUGGGUCGCAGUCAGUUCCGGCAAUAUUCGACGCAGCCCUCGCAGAUGGAUUUACGACGAGGACGCUUGGUAUACUGGAUCGAGGUUGAGUUACAGACCUGUGACAUCUUUUCCCAGUGCGCAAAUUGUGAACGUUUUGUCGUCAUGCGGCGUUCUGGUGGACAGCAUCACAGGCACGAGAACGAUGAAAUUCCAAGGCAAAGUCCCUCGAGUACAAGUUACCUGUCGUGAGGCAGAUAUGUGGGGGAAUAGGUCAGGCCACAACAUUUCUGAGUUUACCAACGGCAGCUACGUUCCCUUCCCUCCCGACACUGGUCUGCAGGAUUUCAUGAGCAUCUCUGACUUUCUCGCUAUCGCCGACAAGAAUGCGAACGUUGACAUCGUCUGGACAAGCGCUCCUACUAUCAGCCAACCUCGUCCCUCGGUUCUAGUGAUGGUCGGUUCAUUCACCACAUGGAGUGGUGUCAGCCAUCUGGGCGGGUUGGGGUCGAUACAAGGCUGCUCUGUAGACGCGAUCUGGUCGGAUGCUACCUAUGAAUGGCGCGGCGAAGGUUCUGAGAAGGUCAACGUGGCUUCCGCGAACGUUUUUGACGAGGAACUCCUAGGAGAACUUGUUAAUGGAUACAUACCUACGCCAGACGGGGCAAGUGAAUUUAUACAUGACUUUCCAAAAGAGACAAGAAUUGAGAUUGAUCCAGGUUGGGCACGUCGUUUAACCAAGUUCGCUCCGACCAUACACAACCUCUUGAACAGUGAGUCAAACGACUGGAAUGCCAACGAGAUUUUGAGCGUUUCUGUGGCGGCGUUUCUGGCAGAUUGGCAUACCAAGUCCGGCUCUGUCGCAGAAUGCUGGCCCAAAAACGAGCUAGACGACCUCGCCAGUAAUCAACGUUUUGGAAAGCUCUCCACUUACCUCAGGACGCCUGAGGUCGAUCCCACUUUUGACAUAGUAUGUUUUAACUGGCUACAGCAGUACAAUGAUCUUCACGUCUCGAAGAUGGAACUUAUAUGGCAUGGAGUAGGCUACAACAGCACCGGAACCACAGUGUGCUUGGCCUUAGCAGUAUUGAUUGUCUACUGUGUUGUGGUUUUGGCUUACCUUAUCUUCCUCUUCGUUACUGGUAAGGCAGGAAGCAGUUGGGACUCAAUCGCCGAGCUGUUCAUGCUAGCUCUGAAUUCUCGACCUCCUACACAUCUUGGAAGAACGAGUGUAGGAGUGGAGACCAUGCGGACGUUCAAGGAACCUGUCAGCAUACGUGUGAAUGAGGGACAGGAGUGCGAGUUGGUGUUUGGGAACAGCGAAACGGCGAAGACGAGCUCGUAUAGCAAGGUGGUUCCGAACUUUAGGUAUUGA